AUGGCAGAGGUAAAAAGUGUAAGCAGCAGCAGCAUGAAUGCUCUGAAAGAGAGGAUCGUGUGGCUCCUCAACAACGGUUCAUCAGUUUUAAUGCUGAUGGACUGUUUGACUUGGGCGGCGAAUGCUGUCUCGGGAUUGCCUCCACUACCUUCGACUGCUGCGAUGCAGCAACAAUUCCAAAGCAACAAUGCUUCAUCAGAGCAGGCAGCAACACCAAGGCAUGUAUCAGCAGGAAAGAAGAUCAUGAGACCUCAUACACCGAGAGUGAGGUCGAGCUCUAGCUCCAGCUCCGGCUCCAGCUCCAGCUCCGGCUCCAGCUCCAGCUCCGGCUCCGGCUCCAGCUCUGGCUCCGGCUCCAGCUCCGAUUCCACCUCCAGCUCGAGCUCAAAGCGCUCAUCAAGAAAGCGCAAAUCUAAUGUUGAAGCAGUCAGUGAACAAAGAGGAGAAGAAAAGAAGGAACGAAGAGAUGCGCCUUUGUCGUUAAAAUUCAAAAAACUGUCUCAACAAUCAACCCAACAGCAUCAAGCAAAUCAGCCGAUACCACUUCAGCAACAACAGCAACAUCAGCAAUAUCAGCAAUAUCAGCAAUAUCAACAACAGCAGCAGCCACCUUAUCGUCCACAACCGCGUGUGGUGCAAGAUAGUAUGCUGGCUGAUGAGCCAAUGAUUGUAUACGACAAAAACAUGAUUGUGAGAAAAUUUAAAUAA